UUAUUUUUGAGUUAUUUACAUUGACAGUGAUGUAAAAUGUUCUAUUAAAGAUGUAUGAGAGGUUAUGUAAAGUGUAUUUGAAAAGAGUACAAUUAGUUAUUAGUACUGUAGUGAACAAGAACACCAAUGAGGACAAUCGAAUGCAUUUGACAACAAAUUAUAGAACUAGUUAGUUGAAUCUAUCAACCAUUUAAUAAACUUUCAAUUUUCAAAUUGUUCAUCAAUAGUCUCAAAUGACUUAGAAUUCCUUCGUUCAUGCAUUUUCAUACAAAUUGCAUUCUUUCUUCAUUUUUUGUUGUUCGAUCUUCUCGUCUCUCUGCUGCCAGACAUUCUGUUCAUGACUCACUUCCUAUACUAUUUAUGUCUACAUAAAUAGCACACACCACAGUACCACAUUGAACAUAAUUUUCUGAUGAGAUAAAAUAUUCAACACGAUUAAAUUACUAAAUAUGUCCCAGUAAUGAAAGCACAGUAUUCAAAACUACAUCACUUUAAUCAAUAUACUUACCAAAAUAGAAAGAUAAUAACAUUUACUUGGUCAAAUUACUUUUUGAUAAAACUCAAGAAAAAAGAUCUAUAAAAUAAAACAGAUCAAUAACAAAUUGAACAUGUUUUAAAAUAUAAACAAAUAAUUCAUUAUUAUAUUGAAUUUCUAUUUCAUUUUAUCUAUUGCAUAUUAAAACAAUGAUGAACAUUGAAUAGUUAAAUACGAAAAAGAAUCGGAUAAACCAGAACCGUCAAUGAAUGUGGACAUCACGAAGAAACGUGUUAUAGAAGAAAAACGUUAUACUGGUCAUUUGAAUACGGCAGGAGGUCAACCCGCCUGGAAAAUAGUAGUUAUUGGAAUGAGCUAUCUUGUGAUAUUCAUUUGCAUUUGUAUGUGUAUAUAUUUUACAAUUAAACAUUAAAUCAAAUGUGUGUUUCCCAUUUAUGUAUGACAUAAUGUUUUCUUGUACAGAAAUAAAUAAAACCAUUGUAUAGAAUUUAUUAUAACUUGUGAAUGUUUUCCG